CUCACAACUCAGUGUUUACUGUUUCCAGUGUGCAGAUAGUGGAUUCACCGGUUCAAGAUCACUCUCUCUAUUUACUCCACAAGAAACUACUUGAAGAACUACAUCAUGGUAAGUCUUUUCUUUACACAUAUAUUUAGGUUUUACUCAACGUGUUUGGCUCUGGGCCUGAAACUUGUUUCUGCUCUUUGAGUCCACAGUUCUGAGAAGAUUGUUUUUAUGUCAUUACCCACAAGUUUCUCUCUCCUAUCCUUCCUCAUGUUUCUAAUUUCCCUCUUUGUCUAUUCUCCUUUUCUCUGUCUAGGUGCUUGAUUGUGAAGAAAUAGAUGUGAUGCUGGAGAAGUACUACCUGUCACCAUUCUAUGCCAUAGAGUUCUGCAUUGGUUUCCCUGGCAACCUUAUAGUUGUACUUGGUUACAUGUUUUGUUUGCAGAAGUGGCAGAGUUACAACAUUUAUCUCUUCAACCUAGCGGUGUCAGACAUGAUUUUCCUCUGCACACUGCCACGCCUCUCAUACCUCUAUGCAAACCACCAAUCAGAGACCAAUCCACAUGCUUGCAUUAUCAACCGUUAUGUCCUGCAUGUCAAUUUGUACUCGUCCAUCCUCUUUAUGGUUUGGCUCAGCAUGGAUCGCUUCCUGCUCAUACGGCAUCCGACACGGGUCCUUUACCUGCAGAGCUGCCAAGCUGCUCUGAUCAUCACAGUGCUGAGCUGGCUUGUUGUCAAUGCGCAAGUUGCUCCAAUGAUAACGCUGAUGAUCCAUGACCUACAGAGUAACAACUCAAGCAAGUGCAACGAUUUUGCCAGCCUUAAAGGAGACAUCAAUCCACUGGGGUACAGCCUAGGUCUAACCGUGACUGGCUACAUCAUCCCUCUGCUUGGGCUUUGCAGUUUCUCUUACCAAAUUGCCCGUCUCCUCUGUGUCCAGGAGAGAGCUAUACAGCGCAGCACAACAUCUUACAAACGACCUCUGAGGGUUGUUACAUCAGCAGCAGCCAUGUUUCUGAUUCUUUACACUCCUUACCAUGUGUUGAGGAAUGUAAGAAUCGCAUCAAAACAGGGCUGGGACUGGCUGACACCAUGUACGAAGAUGCACAUCGAGGCUCUGUACAUCAUGACCCGUCCUUUGGCCUUCUUUCACAGUGUCAUCAAUCCUGUCUUUUUCCUUGUCAUGGGUGACAAGUUCAGAGAGCUUUUAUUUUCUAAGCUUAGAAAGCUGGUCGUAAAAACACAGCAGCAAAGAAAACCAGCCACAGGAAGUCCAUCACAGGAACAAACGGACGACAACCAAACACAUCAAUCAGCUAGAUCUUUGAAUUCUGAGUAA